GAUUGCAGUCCAUUGUUCUAGUUAUAACUUAAAAAAAAUAAUGUGGGUAAUGUAAACAAAUUUUGACUGCGUCCUGACGUCACUUCUCCUAUAGCGGAAGUGACGUCGGUUGAAUGGAAGCAAAACACGCACAUGUGAGACCUGCGUGGAGAUUUGAGUCCGAGCUGAAGCGACUUUCCUGUGGCCCUGAGGGGAAUCUGUUUUUCUGCACGGCACCAUGACCGAACCGGGUCGGUAUCCUCCGCCGGACUUCAGCUGUCCCCCUCCGGCCUCCGUCCAGCAGCAGCAGCAGCAGCAGCAGCCUCCCCGCUGCGGCAGCUUCCACCCCAGCAUGUGGAGCUGGGCUGAGACCCCCUCCGAGGCCACCUGGGGCUUCAAUCCGGGCUGGUAUCAGGGGGCAGCGGCUGGUUCUGCUGGAUCUGGAAAUCAACAUUAUUCAUUCGGUCAAAACUUUGGCCACCAGCGUCACCACGGUGGAAAUCCAUAUGGAAGACACAACAACGGGCCCUUCCAUCAUGGAAAAAAGCAGAAAAACACAAAAGAGCCAGAAUACUCCCACUACUGCGACACGUGUGAUCGAGGUUUCAAACACCAGGACAAGUACAAUGAACACAUCUCCCAGCAUGUUAAGUGUUCAGUGCCAGACUGCAGCUUCACGGCUCAUGAGAAAAUAGUCAGCAUACACUGGAAAAACAAUCACGCGCCGGGAGCUAAAAGGAUCAAGCUGGACACGCCGGAGGAGAUUGCUAAGUGGAGAGAGGAGAGGCGCAAAAACUAUCCAACUCUUGAGAAUAUUGAGAGAAAGAGGAAGGUCAUGGAGAUGCGUCAGGAGACAGGAGGCAUCCUCGAAACUGCUCAGUUUGGGCGGAUGAGAGGCAGAGGAAGAGGUCGAGGCCGGGGUCGAGGUCACUGGCGGGGUCACGGAGGACGACACCCACAUGCCCCUCAUCACCAGUCAGACAGGAGAUCCGCAGACACGCCGAGACCCCCCCCACAGCCCAGCAGAGACGGGGACCCACUGGGAGCUCUGGCCCACAAUGACUGCGAUUCUGACCCGGACGAUCGGGCUGCCGAUUCCAAGACCAACAGUCUGGUUGUGGCUCCGAAACAGAUGAGCUCAGCUCUGGGCUCCCUGAUGGCCAGCUACGGUUCCGUGAGCGAGAGCGAGAGUGACCAGGAACCAGAAGCUGCCCCCAUCCAAAGAGUGGAGUUGGUGCAGGAAAGCCAGGCUCUUCAAAGCAGAAUACCGCCAGGCACUCAGGACAGGGAGGGCUUUAGGGGGUCUGGAUCCAGUUCAGAUCAUCCAGGAACACCGGGCAAGGCUGGCUCUCACAACCAGACCAGCAGAAGGGGCAGAGGGGGAAGGAGAGGAAGACAUCAAGACACACCGCAGAGACGUCGUCCCACUUUACUCGAGAUGUUGCUGGCACCUGACAUCCGCCACGAGAGGAACGUUCUCCUGCAGUGUGUCCGCUACGUCGUUCGAAACCGCUUCUUUGGGCUGGAGAUCGAACCCCAGAACCAGGACAAGAUCAAAAACAGAGGUUCAGCAGUCAGAGAGCAUGACGACAAGCAGGAAGAGACACCUGGGACAUCCAGGACUGUUCCUCAGCACACUGCGCUGAUGAGCGGAGAGGGGCGAUCAGCUCAGAGCAGCACAGGCGCGAUCGCAGCUGAUGUAGUUGGUCAGAUUCAGCAAGUCAUGAGUGAUUCUGUGAAAACAAGUCAAGAUGUUGAAGGAGAAAUCAACAAAAAGACUGAGGAAACCACAGAAACAGACUCUAACAUGAUCACCCCUACUUUCAAUAUGCAUGAGGAUGAAAUCUGGGAGAGUUCUGCUGAUAUUUUCUGAAUGAUUCCAUUCAGUUGUUUUUUUUUUCACUGUAAAAUCUAACUUUGAACAUAUGUUAACAUUUCUGCUGAUUAUUAUUUUCUUAUAAGUAAAAGAGUCCAGCAGAAAAGUAGAAACAAAUCUAUAUAUUAACAUUUUUCCAUAUUUGUACACAUUUGUACAUAUUUGACGAUUUAUAAAUUUGUUUUCAGCUGAAAGUGUUGACGGUGUGAAUUUGUACAAUUUUGUAGUGACAAGGCGUAAAGGAGUAAAUGUGUUGGAUUGAUUUGUGUAUGGGAGUGUCAAAUUGCGUUCAUCCACAGGAGGUGUUAAAAUUAAAAACUUAGAAAAUGGGAUGUUUAAAGUCACAAAUUGUGUGAAAAAGGUUUUUUUUAAUUCAAAUUUUAUUAUUGCCAA